AUGAAAGCAGUCGCCAUUGGCAAGUGCGAUCCUGAAAUUCGCGCCCCGAAAGCCCUCACGCUUCCCUUUGCGGCACAGUGCUACGAUCUCGGCGAGCGCCAGAGUCCCUGGGUCGGCGACGUUGACAUUGAGCGGCAUUUCUUCGAGACGUACGCUGCCGCCCAGCCAAGCCCCUCCCCUAGUCCGAGCGGGUACUCGCCCUCCACCGAUUUCAACAGCGAAUUACCCCCAAGCUACCCGGGUUACCGCGUCCCGCCCGUGGGACAACUGCAACUCCUCAUCAAGACGCCCAAGGCGGCAGUGAAAGCUUUCAUCGUGUCCUACGACCUAACGGCGGUCCCCGUCGGCGGCCGCCUCUUAGCUCGGGAACGCACGUACGUUUCGCGCCCCUCCUCGACAUCGCCAAACGCACCGCGCGCCGAAUCUCUUCGCUUCGCCGUCCAGCUCCAGUUCGUGUGCACCCGCCAGGACAGGAAGAGGCAGUACCACCUCUCGCGCAGCGUCAAGCUCGUCUUCGCAGCGGGACCGGGGUGGGACGACGGCGAACAGCGUGUGGAGCGGCACGACGAAGUGGUCCCACCUGAACGACGCCGUCGCCGCGAAUCCUCCCCCGAGGCCAUACGCCGCCGGAGUCUCCUCGCGUCCAGCCCAGCCGAGCGCCGCCGCUCCUUUGCGAGCUCCUUCGCGAGCAGCCCGAUCGACUCCCCGCCCCGCCGCCGAUCCAUCUACGCGCAGUCGCCCGAGGCGACGUCCCUCGGCUCGCCGCGGCAGAGCCUGGGGCAGACGAUCGAGUCCUGGGCCGCGAUACGGACCGAGUGGGAGCAUCGCCGCGAAGUCGAGCAGGCCGAGAAGGCAGAGCGGGAGCGGAAAGAGAAGGAGGACCCGCGGCCAAGACUUCGCCGCAUGCCAACCCGUCUGGAGGGAUUCCAGCCGCCGCCGGCGCGACCCACAAGCCCUACCCCGCCGAGAGCGCAGCCCUCUCUUCUGUCCGCGCUGCGUGCGGCAUCCCCCGUCCCUCCUUCACCUAUCACGAUGUCAUCGACUGCGCCGCCCGCGUCGCCUGCCGAGCCGCAAACACCGCGCCGUACGCGACUCGAACUCGCCGAGAUCGAGCGGGGCGCGACACCCCCUCUGUCGCCCCGUCGGAGGACGAGCGCAGUGGAUCGAGAGCUCAGCGAGCUCCUGCGCUCGACGACGUUGCAAUAG